GUGAAAUAGAGAGAAAGAGGGAUAUUUUGGCUUUCAGGUUACGCUCAUUUCUCUGAGUUUUGUUCGCCUUGCAGACAGGACUAUUGCUCAAGAUGUCUUAUCCCCGUAAAGAUUGUGUUGCCAUGAUCUUGAAAUUCCUUGAAGACAAAAAUUUCGAAGAGACUGCUCAUACGCUUGAGCGGGAAUCUGGCCUUUUCUUUAACUUGGAAUAUUUUGAAGAGCUAGCACUGAAUGGGGAAUGGAAUGAAGCUGAAAAAUAUAUGUCUGGCUUCACCAAAAUAGAGGAUAACAAGUUCUCUACUAAGAUCUACUUUGAAAUGAGGAAACAGAAAUACCUGGAGACAUUGGACAAGCGUGAACAUGACAAGGCUGUAGAGAUUCUUAGUAAUGAUCUCAAAGUCUUUGCCCAAUACAACAGUGAAUUGUACAAGGAAAUGGCCCUACUAAUUACAGUAGAUGAUUUCAGGAAACAUGCCUCUCUGACCAAGUAUGGGGAUACAAGGUCUGCAAGAGCUUCUAUUUUCAGAGAAAUUAAGAAGGGUAUAGAGGCAAAUCCUGUUUUCCAGGGAAAAUUUAGAGUUCCUGCUGUGGCUGCUCGUGUCGGCCAGUGGAGUCUCCAAAUGUCUAAUCUGCAGAUAUGAUCUUCUGCAAGCCUUUCAUAUUUGUUGUGAGUUUCGGACCUUUGGGUUUCCUAGCUAGCUAGGUUUUUCUAUGUCGAUUUCAUCAGGAAAAGGACUGGUGCUUGCUUGUGGGGUGUGCUUCUCAUCACAUGAACAUCCUAUCUCUCACAGAGGACUGUUCAUUUUACAUGAAAUAUCGAGACGUUUGCAAUGGUAA